AAGAGAUUUAUUUACAAGAUCACAGGAAAGAUAUUUGAAUAACAAUAAUGGACCAAGUACCAGAUACAGCCCAGCACUACAUCGAGUGUGACACGGAAUCCUGUAGAAACUUCUCUGAAUUUUACUGCAAUACCUGUCAUCAGCGAAUCUGUGACAAUUGCAAACAGCCCCAUCUAGAGCAGGACAAUGGACAUGAGAUUGCCCUCUAUCACAAGAGAAAACGAAAACUUCCUUCAGAGAAAUGCAGGAUCCACCCCACAGAAGAUUUAGAUGUCUUCUGUGAUGAUUGUUAUGAUCCUAUCUGCUCUAUAUGCUUUGCCCAAAAUCACAGUGACCAUGAAUUCAGUGACCUUGAAACCAUCUACAAUGACUUUCUACAGCAAUGCCAGAGGGAAAUAAAUGAGAUCUGGAGAACAGUAAUUCCUGGGACUAGAGACAGUGUCAAUUCGAUUGGAGAAAAGAGGAAUAAUGUCGAAAAAGAAAUUGCCAAGUUUAGAGUUUCCAUGAAGAAGAGAGCAGAUGAACUGAAGGAGACUGUUGACAAUAUACUGACUGAUAAUAACAAAAAACUGGAUGAGAUCGAGAACUCUGUCCUAAAUGAUUUAGUGGCACAACAGAUAGAAACAGAGGACUACAUGAAGUACCUGGAAAAAUUGAUUUCAGACUAUGAGAGUAAAAUUUCAUGCAUAAAACACACUGAACUCAUGGACUUCUAUAUAGAAUUUUCAUUAGCUUCUCUGAAGAUGCCUAACAAAAAUAAACCUAAACUGCCAAUUUACACUCCCUGUAUAUUACAAAAAGGAGAAAUAGCCAAAUAUUUUGGUGAAAUUGAAGUAAAUUCAUUGGAAAGGUUUAAGCUUUCUUCUGUCACAAAAGUAAAUGACGUCACUAUCCAGGGAAAUAACAUUUACCAUUUGUCUCCCUUGCCCCCUAAUAAAUUUUGGACCGGUGAUGGCCUAGGGAAUCUCAUUCAGUAUGAUAUGGAAGGAAACAUCUUACAGAAAAUAUCAACCAUUACAUGGAAUACCAUAGGUAACCACACUGUCAUGUCAAAAGGAGAACUUCUUUACACAGAUAACAGCAAAAACACUGUAAACAGGGUAACUAGUGACACGUUCAUCAACAAACUUAUCCAGACAAGGAGCUGGGAACCUGGAGCCAUCUACUCCUCUCCUAUCAAUGGACACAUAUUAGUCGGGUCGGAGAAAAAUAGAGACAACAAAAUAACUAGAUACAACAGAGAAGGACGGAAGUUAUAGGACAUACAGUGGGAUGAUGAAGGACAAUCUCUUUACCAAAGUGUUAACUACAUCACUGAGAAUAUCAAUGGUGACAUCUGUACAUCUGACUCGGAAGCCUGUAAGGUAAUGGUGGUGACCGCAUCAGAAGAGUUCCGGUUUUCUUACGCUGGUCAUCAGUCUCAGUCUCAGACUGGAUUCCGGCCCAGUGGUUUAUGUACAGAUGUUCUGGGACACAUUUUAGUGUGUAAUAGCUAUCCUUUUCUUCAUGAGAAUUUCACUAGUGUCCACUUGCUUGACAUUAAUGGUCGGUUCCUGUCCUUCCUCCUCACAUCAAAACAAUGUCCUCC